GCAUGAAGAAGCAGAUCGUCUUGAUAUAACAAAUUGCUUUUCAAGUAACAACUCAUUAUUUAACUUCAACUUUAUGAAGCAGAACGUUCUCUUUUAGCUGAACUUCCGCCUGGCACACUCUAUUUAUCAAAGCCUCAUUUGUAUGGUCAUGAUUCAAACAAUACAAAUAUUGCAUUUAUGCCAGAUGCCAAAAAACAUGAAUCAACAAUUUAUUUUGAAGCCAUAAGCGGUACACCGAUCAAAGCUCAACUUCGUAUUCAAUUGAAUGUGAACGCUUUUGUUGAUCCAUCCAAAAUUGAUGAAGAAGGAAACCUGAUACCAAUUCCGGGUAAGAGAGGACGACUACGUCUAAUACCAAUGUUCUGGGUUGAUCAAGAAAUCACAGUAAAUGAUGAAACAUUACACCGGCUUCAACGUGUUAACCGUAUUCUUCAAUAUGGCCAGCGAUUUCAUGAUUCAGUUCCAAUUUCUUGUUUAAUUAUAGCAUUUUUAUUAAGUGCUCUAUUGAUUUCUGUUCUUGAAUUUCUGAUUACAUGUUUCAUAAGGCCAAAGCCUACCAAUACAAGGAAGAUGAAUGCUGAAGAUCCGUUGGAGGCUAAUCUCAAUCAAAAACUACUCGAAAAAAAUGUUGUUUAG